AUGUUCACCGCCAACAGUCCCGAGCAACAGGAACAAGCCAUCGCGUACUCCCGCGACGACGGGUACACGUGGACGCUCUACGCCAACAACCCAGUCAUCGCCAUCAACAGCAAGAAUUUCCGUGAUCCAAAGGUCAUCUACCACGCCGACUCGGGCAACUGGGUGAUGGUGCUCGCCUACGCGACCGAGUUCACUAUCGGCGUCUUCACCUCCCCGGACCUGACCACCUGGACGCCAGCCUCGAACUUCAGCUACGCCGGUCUUCUAGGCCUACAAUACGAGUGCCCGAACCUCGUCCAAAUGCCCUACAAGAACGCCUCUACCGGCGAAACCAUAUCCACAGUCUGGCUCCUAUACAUUAGCAUCAACCCUGGCGCGCCCCUUGGCGGGUCCGUGGGUCAGUACUUCGCGGGCGACUUCAACGGGACGCAUUUCACGCCGCUCGACAACGCAGCGCGAAUAGCGGAUUUCGGGAAGGAUAAUUACGCGACGCAAUUCUUCUACCGCAACGACGACUUUGGGACGGAAGAUGCUGUGAGUAUGGCAUGGGCGAGCAACUGGCAGUAUACGAAUUAUGUACCAACGGGGCCGGCGGAGGGGUGGCAGAGUGCGGCGAGUCUGCCGAGGAGGAAUUGGGUACAGGAUAGUGUGAGGGGUGGGUACGUGCUUGCGAGCUAUCCAUACGAUUUGGAUGUUGUGUUGGGACGAGAGUUGGGCAGUAGUGAGAAUCUGGUGAAUGAUACCUUGGUUGCGACAGCAGAUGCAAGUAAUACGACUGGAGCGUUUGCGAUUAGUGCGAAUAUCACGGGUCUGAACACCACGUUGCUCAGCAAUACGGCGAGUCUGAACAUCACCAUUCGCUCGAGCGCGACAGGCGAGACUCUGACCUCAGGACAGACCUUCGCUGGCGAUGCGACUUUCUGGAUGGAUCGCGGCAACACGACGGCCUUCGACAACCCCUUCUUCACGGACAAAGUCAGCACAGCCCUAGUCUUGCAAGAUGCGUGGGAGUUGCUGAUGGUGGUGGAUCGCAGUGUGUGGGAGGUGUUUCUUUUGGGUGGGGAGAGGAGUGCGACGCAGACGUUCUUUGCGGAGGGAAUGAUGAACGAGGUGGAGGUGAGUGUGGCUGCUUUGAAUGAGGGGAGUGUGGUCAGUGUGAAGGUUUGGGAGUUGAAGAGUACGUGGGCGGAGAUGGAGGAAGGCAUGGGGGAUGUUAGGGGAAAUGUUAGUGCGAUUGGGUAG